CACCAAAAGGACCCACGGUAUGGUGCAGAGUUCCAAGUGGUUGCCAUGAGUAUGAGACGCUGCUCUCCCUCCUUUAGAUGUACAAGAAAUGACACAUUCAACGAGACUGCCCCACACCAUUGUGGGCAAGGGAAGGCUCACUUGGAAAUGAAGAGGAUCCUCAGGGAAGAGCUCUGAAACACAAUGUACCACAGCUUGGCAACGGGACAAAUUCAUUCAAGUGAUGACAGCACCCAGGGAGAAUGAUGCUUUAUUUGGUCUGGAUAUUUCUCUGGCUUGUCACAGGAGAGAGAACUAAAGGACUGAAUACUUCAGACUGCAUCACCAAAAAACUUCUUUGGGAAUACUCUUCAGGGAGUGAGAAGUUUGUCUUAUUUUGUGACUUAACAGAGUCACGGAAAUCCCGUUCUUAUCACAGAAGUCAACUCUCACCGGCCCAAGGCUCUGAAAACUUGCCCUGCAGUGGUAGUAAGGAUCUAUCUGACGUCCAGUGGUACCUACAACCUCAAGAUGGAAAUCCAUUAGGGGAAAUAACUAACAACUCUCGUCACAUCAUCCAGGACAAGGGUGUCCUACACUUUUUGACCACAGGAAUGGAUAAUGCUGGGUCAUAUAUCUGUAGACCCAGGAUUAGGAGCCCUCAGGGUGAGGCCUGCUGUGUCAAGAUCAUCUUAGAAGUUAAGCCUAAGACCAAUGUAUCAUGUAUACCAAAGAACUUUGUAUCACAUGAGCAACAACUUCUUAUUGGUAGCACUGCCUAUAUUAAUUGCCCCAGCUUCAACUGCCAAAGUGAUGCCCAAAGUUCAGAGGUUACCUGGUACAAGAAUGGAAAACUACUCUCUGAAGAAAGGGGCAACUCAAUGCUAGUGGAUGAAGUUUAUGACUACCACCAGGGCAUAUACGUAUGUGAUUAUAUUGCUUCAGAUAACACAAGUUCAUGGACAGUCAGAGCUGUUGUUCAAGUGACAACCAUUGUGAAAGACACUAUUUUCAAGCCGGAUAUUCUGGAUCCCAUCAAGGACACACUGGAAGUAGAACUUGGAAAGCCUUUAACUCUGAACUGCACGGCACGGUUUGGCUACCAAAGAGAUUUUAAACCUGUAAUAAAAUGGUACAUUAAGGAUUCUGAUCGGGAGUGGGAAGUUCCAACACCUGAGCAGAAAAGAGUUAAAUCCACCAAAAAAGAUGACGUUAUAGAGCGUGUUGUCCACUUGAAGGAAGUUACUCAGAGGGAUCUUCACCGGAUGUUUAUUUGCUUUGCCCAGAACUCCAUCGGAAACACUACCCAGUCCAUCCAGCUGAAAGAAAAGAAAGGAGUGGUGUUCAUCUACGUCCUACUUGGCACCGUCAUGAGCCUGGCAGGCGUGCUGACUGCAGGUGCUCUGCUCUACAUGUACUGGAUUGAAAUAGUGCUGCUGUACCGAACCUACCAGAACAAGGAUGAGACACUUGGGGAUAAAAAGGUAUUCGAUGCUUUCAUAUCCUACGCAAAAUGGAGCUCUUGGGAGAGUGAGGCCACUUCAUCUUUGCGUGAGGAAUACUUGGCCCUGAAUCUAUUCCCUGAAGUUUUGGAAAACAAAUAUGGAUACAACUUGUGUUUGCUUGAAAGAGAUGUGGCCCCUGGAGGAGCAUAUGCAGAAGACAUCGUGAACAUUAUUAAGAAAAGUAGAAGAGGAAUAUUUAUCUUGAGCCCCAACUAUGUCAAUGGACCCAGUGUCUUUGAACUACAAGCAGCAGUGAAUCUUGCCUUGGAUGAUCAAACACUGAAACUCAUCUUAAUUAAGUUCUGUUCCUUCCAAGAGCCAGAGUCACUACCUCAUCUCGUGAAAAAAGCUCUCCGGGUUUUGCCUACAGUCACUUGGAGAGGCUUAAAAUCUGUCCCUCCCAACUCCAGGUUCUGGACUCAGAUGCGCUACCACAUGCCGGUGAAAAACUCCGAAGGAUUCAGGUGGAAUCAUCUCAGAAUUAUGCCUGAAGUUUUUCACUGGAAAUGACUCAGUAAAACAGAAGCCACUGGGAGGAGCUCCCAGCCUGCGGAAUAGUAAAGCGGACCCUGAACCACCUCCCCUCAGUCCUCCGCGAGCCGAGACUUUGAUGGACAGAACACAGAGCAUGGAUCGGGCUGAUAUAAGAUGGACAGUGUUUUGUCGGCCGCAAGCCAGCCUGACAGGCACAGCAAUGGCCCUAAAGCUGCAGUUAGAGCUUCUGACUUCCUCUGGACAGAGGGAGAAUAAAUUCUCCAGACACAUGCACACAUUCAGCACACAAUGCUCUUAAGAUUUGCCAAGCGGUCUGAGCAGAAUUGGCAGAUAACGGCCACUUUUGCAUUGGGCUAUUGGUUAUCAUGUCUCCUACGUAUUGUACAUUUAUAUUAUAUAUAUUUGCAAGUAAAUAAAUAUUAUUUUA